UUCGGGGCCCUUCCCCUCUCCGGCUGUCCCCCCUCGGCUCCCGCCCUCCCUCGGCUCUCCAGGGCACAGCCGCGAGGUCUGGGGGCUCGUUCUUGCCCCCGAGGUUGUGGGCGCUGCCAAGCCCGAGUUGGUGGCCUUGAGACCUUCGCGGCCUAAGGAGAGUGGCAAGGCAGGUUUGGUGCCCGGCGCGUGCGUUGUGGUUUAUAGGAGUUAAAACACAGCCUGCAGAAACACACUGCCCAGCCCUGGAACGGACUUGGCACCCAGAACCUUGGCGGGCUUUUGGUGUGGAUUUUUCCUCUAUCUAAUAUAAAGCAGUACUGUUUCGAGAGGGCUUUUUUGGUUUUUUUUUUUUUUUUUUUUGGUCAAAACGUCCUGAAAACUGAAACGUUUCAGUGAAGGUGAGUUUUAGAAAUGUGGGCAGGAUUUCUAUUCCCAUGGAGCUGAACUUUUCCUCACAGAAGUGAGGGCAUGAGUCGAGCUCUGGGUUGGUCUUCAGAGGAUUAUGUUUUGUGCUCAGAUGAGAAGGUGACCAUAGCAGGAAGCCAUGGCCCAAUGGGACCAUUUUCAGCUUUUCCAGGUUGGGUAGGAUAGGAUUGUGGUGGACUGUGUGCCAAGCUGGUGUUUACUCAGCGCUGCAGCUUCAUGGAGGGGAGUGUUGGGAUAUACAGUGACUGGGGCUUGUUUGGGCUACAAAAAACUCAGCUUCCUUGUGUCCUGCUAGUUCAAGCUCCAAAGUUUGCAUUUGCAAAGUUACAGCUGUACCCAUAAUGAACUUGGCUACUUAAUCUUUAGUAAUUUGCUAUUUCCAGAUGAAGCCAAGUUGGGAGUUUCCUUCUCGUGGCUGUGUGAAACACUUGGUGUAAAUCCAUGUUUUGUCUCAUAGGUGGUUGGAUUUCAGCCCUGGCAUGAGAAUUGUUCCCCUCCAUGGAGUGUGCUUAAGAAAUACCUGGGAAAUAAAGCUGCUUCUUUAGGCUGAGCAGAUAGGAGCUCUAAACUGUUAAAGUAGUUGAAUGCUUUCCAUUGUAAGAACUCAGCUGUAGAGGUUUCUAAGACAUUCAGGUAGGGUUAACUUAAGUGACUUUCUGACUUUGGUUUUUCUGACCUUUUCUGACCUUCAGUUCUUGAUUCUGGUUGCCUCCCUCAGGCUGAGCUUUUUUGGAAGGCAACAACAAAAAACUUCAGAACAACAAAGACAGUGAGCAACAUGAGUGAAUCUUGAGUUGUGGUUAGGUAAGAUCUAAGCAACCUUGCUCUUUCUUGUUUGUAUUUAGCAAUUGCUGCUAACUUUCCCACCAGGCCUAUGGAGCCACGAGGGAUUGUCAAAGCCUUUCCCAAGAGGAAGAAGGUGAGGGAUGACUUGGAGAAAAGCAUCCCUCCAAAGAUCCCAAAGGAGCAAGGAACAGAGAUACCUGAGGCAGAGUGGCUGAAACCAGUCAUCGCCUAUGUGCUGCAAGCCGGCAUUGGCCAGGCCAGGGCCAAGAUCUUCCGCAGGCAGAUUGUGCAGAACGGGGGUGUGGUUCACAGCCAGCUCUCCUCGGAGGUGACACACGUCAUUGUGGCCGAGGACAUGGACUGCGACCGUGCCUUCCGGCUCCUCAGACUAACCAAGCUGCCCCCGGGGCUGCAGCUGGUGAAGGCAGCCUGGCUUAGUGCUUGCAUUAGAGACCAGAAGCUGCUGAGUACUGCUGGCUAUGGUGUCUUUAUCCCUCACAGGAUUUCUUGGUCAGAGUUCUGGGGGUUGAUCCAUGGCAGGUACCUGGAGGAGGAGGAAUUCCGCAAAGAACAGCAACAGAUCCUGGACAGAGAAAAAAUGCAGCCCCCAGCAGAGGAGGGAGCAGUGAAACCGAGUACUGAAGCGCAGGUGGAGGAUUCCUCACAGCGAGGCUUGGGCACCCUUGGACAGCAGCGACUGGCUGAGGUGAGUUCAGUGCCUAUCUGCUGUCAUCUGCAUCAUGGGGUAGAGGUUGCUGAGUCUGAAUGUAAGACAUGUGCCUAUGCUGCCACCAGUUCCCUAAAGAAAUACUCUGAUGAUGAAGACAGUGAAGGAGAAGAUGCUGGUGUCACCCAGGGAGACCUGGAAGCAUUGAUUUCUGGCUGCUACCCUGUGAAAUCAUCAGAGGAGAUCAGUAAUAGCUCUGACACAGUGGCCCAGCCUCCCAGCAAGUGGGUUUGUGCCCAGUCUUCCAACACCAAGAAGGAAAAUCACAACCAGUGCAUCACAGAGAAGCUGGAAGUGCUGGCAAAGGCUUACUCUGUCCAGGGGGACAAGUGGAGAGCUCUGGGCUACUCCAAAGCAAUCAAUGCGCUCAAGAGCUACCACAAACCAGUCACCUCCUACCAGGAAGCCUGUAAAAUCCCUGGCAUUGGGAAGAAGAUGGCAGAGAAGAUCCUGGAGAUCUUGGAGAGUGGACACCUGCGCAAGCUGGAUCACAUCAGUGAGAGUGUGCCUGUGCUGGAGUUAUUUUCCAGCAUCUGGGGAGUAGGGGUCAAGACAGCUCAGAUGUGGUACCAGCAGGGUUUCCGGACGCUGGAUGACAUCCGCAGCAAGGCCACUCUGACCAGCCAGCAGGCUGUGGGGCUGAAGCACUACACGGAUUUCCUGGAGCGCAUGCCUCGGGAGGAAGCUGCAGAAAUAGAGCAGACUGUCAGACAAGCUGCCCUGGCCAUCAAGCCUGGCCUCGUGUGUGUUGCCUGUGGCUCCUACCGUCGGGGGAAGGCCACCUGUGGAGAUGUGGAUGUGCUGGUCACUCACCCGGAUGGGCAGUCUCACCGUGGGGUGUUCAGCAAGCUGCUCAGCAGCCUCCGCAGGAGCGGCUUCCUCACAGAUGACCUGGUGAGUCAGGAGGACAACGGUGAUCAGCAGAAGUACCUGGGUGUGUGCCGCCUGCCCGGGCCAGCGCAGCGUCACCGCCGGCUCGACAUCAUCGUGGUGCCGUACCGGGAGUUCGCCUGUGCCCUGCUCUACUUCACAGGCUCGGCUCACUUCAACCGCUCCAUGCGCGCCCUGGCCAAGACCAAGGGCAUGAGCCUGUCGGAGCACGCGCUCAGCUCGGCCGUGGUGCGAGGCCCUGGGGGUGCCAAGGUGGCACCUGGCCAUUCUCUGCCCACCCCCACCGAGAGAGAUGUCUUCAUUCAGCUGGGGCUGCCUUACCGAGAGCCCUCCGAACGGGACUGGUGAUGCCUGCUUGUCACCAUGGGCUUGCUGCUGUGCUGCUGCUUUGAAGGAUCUGAUUUCCCCAGUGGUGGAAAGGCUCUGUGGUGCCUGCAGGCUGAGGAACAUAUCCCACCAAACUGGGGCACCUUGCAAGUGUGAGGCCUGGCUGCUGGGCAGAGCUCUGUGGCUUCCUCGGCAGAAGCUGUGGGCUGGAACCGCACUGGAAGUGCUCUCUUGGUGUGGCUACCAGAAGGGCUCACUGCCCAUCAGCUACGCUGGCCCUGCUCUCCCCAGCUUUAAAAGACUGGGUUGCAGAACCUUGUGAUCCAGCCCCUGACAGUGAUUGGGAAUAAAGGAAGUGGGAUGCAUCUUCCUCUGUAUCUGAGCACUGACACUGUGAAAUUUCUGUUCUGAGCUGUGAAUGGAGGUAGCAGAGGUCUAGCUUGGUUCUGUGACUGGCCUUCCUCCUCACUACUGCUGAGAGUUGCUACUGCAGGAGUCUCAAGGGGUUAACCUGUGCUGCUGCUGUGUCCUUCUGUCUUAGCUGAUGGGUCCCAUUGCACAGGGACAGGCUGCUGUUACUGCCACCAGCUUUCCCUGCUGCCAGCUAAGCCUUGAAAGAGACGUAGGGACCUGAGGUGCUGUACCUGCUUGCUCCCAGCCUCGUGUUCUGAGGAUCCUCCCAGUUUACUCAGAGCCCUGGUGUGGCCCAAGACCUUCUUUCUUGGUGCAGGAGAGGAGCAGAGCUCACAGCUUGGGGAGCGGUGCUCAAGAGGGAUUUGAAUGUAAUGGCACUGAAUGUAACCCAGCAGCGCUGUGCGUCUGUCUGCAGGAGGCAUGGAGACAGAGAAAAGCACAAGGAGAUAGUUAAAUUGUAACUGGGGCAAAGCAAAACUUUUUCUCUUUUUUUUUUUUUUUUUCCCUUUUUUUUCUUUUUUUUUUUUUUUUUGUGUGUGUGGAAGCCAUGGAGUCAUCUGGUCUUUGAUCAAGGAAAGUGUGUGUGUUUGUAUAUACAUGUGCACAGGGCUGGUCCCACCAGUUCCAUGGGGAGUGAAUUUUAUUUCUCAGGAAGCCUCAACUGUUUUAUAUUGUGGAGAUGAGUUUCCUAGGGACAUUGAGUCCUCUGUCUGCUACAGGUAUUGCAGUGGUUGCUCCUGGCAGAGGUGCCAUGGUGGGCAUUUCUGUGCCAGGACCCCAGGGCUCUUGCUCCCUUGUGGGGAAUCUUGCUCUGUCAGGUACAGUGACAAAGCUGUGUUUUUGCUGCUAGGGCAGGCACAAACCAGGGUUUGGACAGUUCCUGUGGCUGCUGGACACCAGCAGGGCUGGGGCUUUGCUGGGGUGGCCCACACCCAGCAGUGGCAUUUGUCAAUCCAGCCUUUCUGCUGGACACCUGGGAGAAAUGAAUGUCUUUUGGCAUGUCUUGGUGCUUUGAAAUUUGAAAUGUAAUAAAUAAAUAAAUCCCUUCUCUCUUU